AUCCCAGCAAUCGCGAACAACCCAAGGACCCGCCUAACUUCCAAAAGGAUGGCUCUGCCUACACGAUCACCCCGGCCCGACUGGCACAGGUCAGGCGUAACUUCUGGUACCCCUUCUACGAUCAGGGAGGCCCGGAGAACAUCGGUGACUACCAGCGGGACAUCCACGCCUCGAUGCCCCAGGUUCACAAGAAUUUCAACUUCCAGCUGCCCUUCUUCGGCUUCCGGUUCAACUAUACUCGGGUCUCGAUGAACGGGUUCCUGGAGUUCUCGGAUCCCCCGGAGCACUACACCUACCCGCUGUCCUUCCCGAUCAAGGAUUGGCCCCGGCGGAACGAUCCGUCUUUUAUUGGAAUAUUCUUCAGCAAGUGCCGUAUCGGUCGGAUCUACGAUACCGAUAUCGAUCAACGGGCGCCCGGGGUGUACUUCCGGAUGGAACGCGAUCUGGAAACGAGAACCGAUCGACCGGGAGUGGAAAUGCGCGAACGUGUGAUGUGGGACAUUCGAGAGGGAGUUGUGGGGUCGGAUACGUUCGUGCCGAAGCACGCGAUCAUUACCACGUGGAAGAAUAUGAGCUUCGCGGGUGGUAUCGAUAACUCGCUGUUCAGGACGAAUUCCUUCCAGAUGGUUCUGGCCACGGAUGAAGUCUACACCUACGCCAUCUUCAACUACGGUAUUAUCAAUUGGUCAUCGCAUACGGAAGCUGGUGGUGAUACCACAGGUGGAGAAGGAGGUGUCCCCGCUUACAUCGGCUUCAACGCAGGUAACGGAACCCAGGCGUACGAGUACAAACCCUACAGUCAAGCGUCGGUGCUGCGAGAUUUGACGGGACGUGGUUGGGCCAACGGCUUCCCCGGACGACACAUCUUCCGUAUCGACGAGCGGAUCAUGCUGGGAACGUGUAAUAAGGAUAUUGACGCGGCACAUCUUCCGCUGGUGUUUGCACCGGAGUCCGGAAACAUGUUGGGUGGAACGGUUGUAAACAUCACCGGACCGUGCUUCCUGUCGAACAACACGCGUAUCGCCUGUCGGUUCGAUACGGAAGAAGUUAUAGGAACGGUGGUCGAUACGAAUCGUGCCAUUUGCGUGCAGCCCUUCCUGAAGGCGCAGGGUUACAUCCGGUUUGAAAUCUCCAUCGGUGUGGAGCGAUUCAAAUGGCGAGGGCGUUACUUUGUGGAAACUCCCGCGACGGCUACUGAUCGCAUCUUCUUCGAAUCCGAUGACGUUCAUCGGCGGAAUCCUUCGGAAAUUCGGAUUACGUGGAAUCGGUACAAUUUGACAACCAAUUUAAAUGCAAACGUUCAGAUAUCGCUUUGGGGUUACCGGGAAUCGACAAUUCGCCCGGAGUUAGAAUACAUCGACAUGAUCGAACCUCAGUUAACGAAUACGGGAGUCUACACGAUCGCUCCAGCAAACUUCCGUCUACGGGACAAUCCACGCAAUGUAGACAUGCAGUUUGGCUUUAUCCAGAUAAACCUCACCAAUCCGGAGCAGUUCAACGGCCUAUCCAUUUCUCCCAUUCUCUGGUCCAAACCCAUCCCUCUCGGAUGGUACUUCGGACCGCAAUGGGAGCGCAUCCACGGAAGAAACUGGCCUCGUGCCCUUUGCGAUAACUGGCUUAUGACGGAUCGUUUCCUGAGAAAUUUUGCUCACGAGCUGCCACUCUGCCCUUGCACUUUAGAACACGCCACCUAUGACAAGGGACGAUUCCUGCCCGAUCCGGACUGUGAUCGGGACACCAACCCGACCUGUUUGCACCACCGUGGAGCCAUCCACUGUGUCAGAUCCGGACAACCGUCUGCCCAGGGAUCCGAACAGCAGUGUUGCUACGACCGUAACGGUUACUUGAUGCUUUCGUACGAUCAAAUGUGGGGAUCGCGGCCCCGCCGAAACCACAACAUCGGUCAGAUGCCGUGGAACGAAGCUAAUAAGGUUCCAACGCUGUCCACAUGGUUCCACGACGUCCGUCCGUACUACUCUUGCUGUAUGUGGCAGGAUGAGCAGGCCGUUGGCUGCGAAACGUUCCGUUUCGAGCGUCGACCUUCCCAAGAUUGUAUCGCGUAUCAGUCGCCGGGUGUGGCCGCCGUCUUCGGAGAUCCACAUAUCGUCACCUUUGAUGGACUACAGUACACGUUCAACGGCAUGGGUGAAUUCGUUCUGCUGCGAGGUAACAACGGCCGGGAGCGAGUGGACGUUCAGGGACGUUUCGAGCAGGUCGCUCGUAACAUCCACGGACCGGUAAUGGCAACUCAGCUGACUUCGAUCGCCGCCCGUGGUAACACUUCGACGGUUAUUGAGGUACGUCUACGACCCAGGGACGCUCAGUGGCGUUACCGGUUGGACGUGUUUGCUGACGAACGCCGCAUCUACUUCGAUCGGCAGAGCUUGAAGUUCCAGCAUUUCCACGGCGUGACGGUCUACACGCCGACGUACAUUUUGAACCAGUCGGAAGUCGUGAUCAUGUUCUCGUCCGGAGUUGGCGUGGAGGUAGUUGAGAAUAAUGGGUUCAUGACGGCGAGAGUCUAUACACCUUGGAGUUUUAUAAACAAAACAAGAGGGCUGUUUGGUAAUUGGAGUUGGGAAAUGGCAGAUGACUUGGUACGGCCAGAUGGUGUAGUGAUACAGCCCAAUUUGAACAACUUUAGGGACAUUCACCACAACUUUGCAUUGCAUUGGAUGUUAUCGGAUCGAGAAUUAGAGGGCGUGGGGAAGGCGUUGUUUACGAGAGAGUUUGGAAGAACAUCCAGUUACUACGCGAAUACAUCGUUUGUGCCGGAGUUCCGUAGAGAGCCGUCUGAGUUCCUACCUCCCAAUAGAACACAUGACAUAGAACGAGCGAGCGAAUUAUGCGGAGAGAGUUAUCAAUGUCGGUACGACUUUGGUAUGACACUGAAUCGAGAGAUGGCACAUUUUACCAAGAAUUACCAUGCCAGUGCGAUCAACAUACAGUCUACGAAUAAUGAACGAAUAAUAUCAUGCGGUAUUCUUGAAACGCCUCGUUUCGGACGCAAGUCGAACUUCAUGUUCACUCCAGGAGCUCGGGUAUCCUUCGAGUGCAACGAAGGCUUCGUCCUGAUUGGUGAUUCGCGGCGUGUUUGCCGUGAGAACGGACAGUGGGACAUCCCCGAGCACGGAUACACCGAAUGUCUACGCGCUGUAUUCUAUACCCGUCGCACUGCUUGGAUUACCAUUGGCAUUGUCCUCGCUGUAAUGUUGCCUCUGAUCAUGUGUAUCGUAUGCGGAGUGUACUGCUUCCGCAAGCGUAAGUUGAAGGAAGAUCCGGACUGGCGUAUGCCAAUUCCGUCCCGUUCGGGUUCUCGGGCAACGCUUCGCAACUUGGCUAGCGACGGCAGUGAAUACGAUGACAACACGAUCAAGAAGGUGCGCCGGUACGAUGCCACGUACAAGACGCAUGAACCGCUAGCUGGCAAACCGGAAAUUCAGUUCGAGCCCAAGAAGAUGGACCUAGACGAAGAAGACAUUACAUCCUCGGAAGGAGGUCGCCGUCGAAUGACCGCCGGAACGGAUGAUGACGGUGCAGGUGCCGGACCGUCCAUGUUCAGCGAUGAAACCUAUCCACCGCCACCAGCCGAGUCGCCAACCCAAGCCUACGGAGCGUACAGUCCAACCUUCAGCGGCAUCGAUCGCAACAGCAGCUUCGCCACCGAAGACAACUCGCCAGUUAACCAGAGAAGACCGGGACCGUUCCCACAGGGAAGCUUCCAGCAGCAACCGUCCACCACAGGAACGUUCUACGGUGGUACGACUGCUGCCGGAGGCGAACAGCCUAGCCAGCCGCUCAUCCAAAAUGUCGGACUUCCAGCCCGCAUGGACAGCCGAUCAACAGAAGUCUAAACCCUAACCUCCAAAAACCCAUCCAACUUCAACCAUCCGACAGAAUUCAGGUAUUCUACGCGACAUCACAAUUUUUGUCAUCGUUUAUUUUUACACCGAACUCUAACCGUAGCCGUUAGACUUCACCGUAAGGCGCUCAAGGUAGUAGUAGAUAUCAGUCAGACUACAGUGUUUUUCUCUAGCGAUAAGUUCACCAAGUGUGUGUAUUUAGUGAUAAGCAACAAUUAAAAAUGGUGAAAUCAAUAAAGAUACCAGUUCAAUGUAA